CUAUUAAAUACGGAUGAUACUUUAUGAAUUAAGUAUUUAAUUCUCUGAACCUGACGUCUGGGAGAGGAGGGAAAUAGAGGUAUUGCAGAAGAUUCAACUUGUAGACUGUAUCUUUCCCUUUUUUUAUCAGUCAAGUGUCUCUUCCGUCUUUUAAAACAAGUCCCUGUUUCAGCAACUUUGCUCUCCAAACAAGAAAGCUUUGGUUUCUCAGAAAACAGAGAGAAGGUGUUAUGUAUGUGGGUAAGAUGCUGGAGUUUGGUGGAUAAAUUGGAAAUCUGACCCCUUUUCAAGCAUGUAGCAUGAGUACGUUUAAGGUUUGACACUUUCUUAUAGUACCCUCAAGCUCUGAAAACAAGACAACUUAAGUUACAGAGAGGAGCAAAAAAACAGAGCAAGAAACCAUUCUUCUUUCAGCAGCAGAUUUAUAGUCAAUGUGGAUGUAUCUCACAAACCAAAAGAUUUUACAUAGUCUCAAAAACUCUCUUUUCUAAAUGAGACAAAAGGCUCACAGACACGGAAGAACAGUAUCGCCUUGUGCCGGCUGUAAGCUUCUCCGGCGAAAAUGUGUGAAAGAUUGCGUCUUUGCUCCGUAUUUUCCGGCCAAAGAGCCUUACAAGUUUGCCAUUGUCCACAAGAUUUUUGGUGCUAGUAAUGUCAAUAAGAUGUUGCAGGAGCUGUCGGAGAACCACCGGAGCGACGCUGUUAAUUCGAUGGUGUACGAGGCCAACGCGAGGAUGCAAGAUCCUGUAUAUGGAUGUGUAGGGACAAUUUUUUCGUUACACAGACAACUCGAGACUCUCCAAACUCAGCUUGCUUUCGCUCAGGCCGAGCUGAAUCAUAUCAGGACGCUCCACCGUAUUGACACUAAACCCCAACCGUACACGGCGAGUACUAUUACUUUCCCGUCGAACAAAGACUUCUACAGUGACGUCGACAUGGCUUUUGUGUAUGAGGAUGGUGCCAGAGACUCCCUUUGGUCAUGCUAGCUUUAAUUAGCACUAUAUCCUAUCUUUGCAAUGUUAAAAAAUAAAUAAAUGAUAAGGUGUGUA